AUCAAACUAGUGUAAAAGCCAAGAACAAUCCUCGUUCCUAACUUGAGCGCGAAGAAGAGUAUAGACCAUUGGGAAAGCCGGAACAGAAGCGAGAGGGAAGAGAUGGCGGAAUCGUCAACGUCAACAUCAGUGCUGGCAGCGAAGUCUGAUGCUGAGAUUGAAGAACUGCUUGAUCGAAUGCUAACUCGUUUGGCUCUUUGUGAUGAUUCCAAACUCGAACCUUUGCUUUCCAAGCUUCUUCCUCUCUGCAUCUCCUCCCUAUCGUCUCAAUCCCAAGCUGUUCGGAACAAGGUUCUUGAGAUUUUGAGUCAUGUGAACAAAAGAGUAAAACUUCAGCCUGACAUUGGUUUACCUUUAUUGGAGUUAUGGAAACUUUACUCAGAAUCUAGUGGUGCUCCCAUGAUAAGGAAUUUUUGUAUUGUGUAUAUAGAGAUGGCGUUUCAACGUGUAGAUGCAAAGGAAAAAGAGAAUUUGGCGCCUGUUCUCUUGGUGAACAUCUCAAAACUUCCUCUUCAACACCAGGAAAUCAUACUAAGAAUCAUUGUUAAGGUAGUUGGUGAAUGCCACUCAAGUCAAAUUAGUGACGAAGUUGCUGCAAAGUAUAGAUUAGUGACUGAUCCACAUGACAGGGAGCUGUUUAUUGAGUUUUUUACUCACACAAUGUUGUACCAGCAGGUUACUCAGAGUGGUGGAUCCCCUUCUGGACUUUCAGUUUCUCAAGCCAAUCGUGUUACAGGGAAACAACAGUUGCCAAGUGAUAAACUUCUGCUUGGAAAGUUGGGUAUUUUGAAUGUCAUCCAAGCCAUGGAGCUGGCCGCUGAGCUUGUAUAUCCCUUAUAUAUUGCUGCCUCUGUUGAUUGCGAAGAGUCUGUUAUUAAAAAAGGCGAGGAGCUUUUGAAGAAGAAGGCCAAUGGUGUUAAUUUAGAUGAUCAAAAUCUGAUCAACAGGCUAUUUUUACUAUUUAAUGGCACUGUUGGAGUUGAAAAUGUUGAUCCAGAAUCAAGAGUCAAUCCUGGGAGCCCUGCACUAAAAGCAAAAUUAAUGUCCGUCUUCUGUCGGUCCAUUGCAGCAGCUAAUACUUUCCCAUCCACCUUGCAAUGCAUUUUUGGUUGCAUUUAUGGCAGCGGAACCACAUCAAGGUUGAAGCAGCUUGGAAUGGAAUUUACAGUAUGGGUAUUUAAGCAUGCAAAAAUUGAUCAGCUUAGGUUAAUGAGUCCUGUUAUUCUGAAUGGAAUUCUGAAGUCCCUUGACAGCUAUUCAAGUUUAGAUGCAGAUGCUAGUGCUCGGGAGGUCAAAACAUAUGCUUUUCAGGCAAUUGGGUUGGUUGCACAGCGCAUGCCUCAUCUUUUCAGGUCUAUACAUUUUAUUUGGUUGAAUUUUUGCCUGCCUUUCACAAUCCUUUGUACUUAUAGAUGUAUAUCAUUCUUAAAGUAGUUCUUUUGAAUCAAACUGUUAGCAAAAAUUCAGAACUCUCUCCUACAAGAAGACUUUAGUGGUACUGGGUUGUAAUUAAUGCAAGAAUAUGUGAUAGACAUGUAUGCCUCAUGAGAUUCCUUUUCUUGAUGUUCAUGUUACGUGUUUAGAGAUUCUGAGACAAAUUGUAAUCUUUUUUGUAUAUGAGGAGGCUUGUCAGAUAUGAAAUUGGACAUUUAUGUGCCCUUUCUUCUAGUCAAGAUACACAGUUUGGGUUUUUAUUCUUCCGGUAUCUUCUCUUGCAAAUCUUAUCUGCUAUCCCUAACUUAUUAUACAACAAGGGUAAGUGUCUUCUUGUAA